ACCAAAGUCCUCGCGGUGGCCCAGUUUCAAAGCCGGGGGUUCCUAUUGUACUACCAAUUGCCUGUGCUCGGAUCUCCUCUGUCCCGCCAGAGCCAGACUGGCAAAAGCUGCGCGGCUGCCCACACUGCUCGCGACUGGGCGGGGGAGGAAGAGGAGCAGCCAACUUGCCCGUCUUGCCUCAGUGAGCUAGCCUCUAAGUGUGAAUGAGUCAGCAAGACUCUCCCUCCCGCCCUGACAGCUGGCACUCGGCCUAUUGCCCUAGCAACGCCAAUCCCAGGCAGACGAGACGUGAAAGAACCGCCCAAGCCAGUUGCUCAGGCAUUUAAGAGCGCCCAGAAAAGAACUGGAGUCAAAAGGACCGAGCUGAGCCGCGCGGCCUUGAUGCGCCUUUGUCAGUCAGUCUCAGAAAGCACUUGGGACUGAGUGGGAUCCCCUGACGUCCAGAUGCGCCCAGGCCACCGCCGGAUGUUUCCCCUGGGCUCGGUCGCGUUUCUCUGCCUUUUACUGCUGCUGCCUGGGGCAGCCAGGAAGGACAGAGGGAAGACCUGGUGGGACCGGGCCAAGAACCCCAGGGUCAAAAAGGUGGGGGAUGCCCUGAAGAACCAAAUCAAGGCUGUGACUGCUCUCUGCCAAAAGUACUGGGCUUACUUCUCCUGCCAAAUGUGGCCCCAAGACUGUGGGAAGGAGAAGAAAGCAUCACUGGAUUGGACUCUUCCACUUUGGAGCCAGAAAUACCUGGAUAUUCUUUCCACAUGGUACUGCAGUGUCAAGGAGUGUUGUGGCAGAGAUGACUGCAGAAUAACUAAUAACAUCACAGGCCUAGAGACAGAUCUAAGCAUCCGGUUACAUGGUCAGCAUCUGGCCCAAGAAGUCGUUCUGAAAUCAGUAAGGGGCUUCCUCUCAGUGCCCCAGCCAAAAAAACCUCUAGUCCUCUCAUUCCAUGGCUGGACUGGCACAGGCAAGAACUUUGUGACCCGGAUCCUGGCAGAUCACCUGUACCGAGAUGGGCUAGAGAGUGAAUGUGUUCAGGUGUUCAUCUCCACGCUUCACUUUCCUCAUCUGAGAUAUGUGGACAUGUACAAGGAAAAGCUGAAGCGACAGGUGAGAGACACAGUGAAGAACUGUGGCCAAGCCCUGUUUGUCUUUGAUGAAGCUGAGAAACUACCCCCAAGUCUGCUGGAAACUCUGAAACCAUUCCUCAAUCAUGCCACUGUCGGAGAGGUAGAUUAUCGGAGAGCCAUCUUCCUUUUCCUCAGUAACCUCGGUGGCAACAUAAUCAAUGAAGUGGUCCUGAACUGGCUUAAGGCAGGAUGGUCCAGGGAAGAAAUCACCAUGGAGGACUUGGAGCCCCGUCUCAAGGCUGAGAUCCUGAAGUCAAUGGAGAACAACUUUGGCCACAGCCAACUUGUGAAGGAAAACCUGAUUGACAGCUUCGUCCCCUUCUUGCCACUGGAGUACCAUCACAUCAGACUGUGUGCUCGAGAUGCCUUCCUGGGCCGGGACCUGCAGUAUACGGAGGAGACGCUGGACAAAGUUGCCAAGAUGCUGGUGUAUGUGCCCAAGGAUGAGAAACUCUUCUCUGCUCAGGGCUGUAAGUCCAUUUCACAGAGAAUCAACCUCUUUCUGCCUUGAUGGCCAUCUUAGAAGAAGGUUGCUCGAGAGGAGACAUCUAUUCUUUACCUGACCAAAGGAGCUUCCUGGGAACAUCGCUUAAUACCCUGACUCUUGCAGGAGUAUUACCUAUGGAAUCCUUUUAGCUUGGAGCUUUGUAGGGCAGAAAAGCUCUAGCCAUCAUGUGCCUUUUGGGUGUCUAGAGGAAGAGCUACAAUUUUGGUGCCUUUUAGGGGAGCUUUCCAUGGAGUGAACAGUAGCUGCUGGACAGUGAGAGGAGAGGGUUUGUACACAAGGAAAAUGUGUAAUUUAAAGUGAAAAGGAAUUCUAGUUGUAUGGCUCUUAAAGAAGCCCAGAACAAUAAGGUUUAACUUAAAGGUGAACUCUUCUGCUUCCAAGCUAUGUCCUUGGAAUAUCCCAGUGGGAAUUGAGGAAGAGAAAGUGAGCCAGAGGCUCAGCCAGUGGGGGCAAGUGGGAUUCCUCCAGGGAAUCCUUAUCACAGCAUUUCUGUUCCUUUGUACUGUUAAAGGGAAAUUAACUUAAUGUUAGAUGUGUAAAGAUUAAAAUUUUUAUAUUUUCCUAAAA